GGACGCCAGACUUUGAUGAUGGUGAAAUUAAAUCUUAGUAUAGCAAACUACAAAGUCGUAGUAUCUCAUAGCCAGGCAAAAAAAAAACUAUAUAGUUGUGUAUAAAUACACGCCUUAAUAGAGUGUAAUCAUAUCAAUCAUAAUAUUUGAAUUUGGUUGAGAUGAUGAAAAAGAAUAUACACCAAAAACCUCAUUUCCCAUGCCAAUAUCAGCUUUAAACAAGCAGUAUAGCAAGAGCAUCUCCAAUAAAUAACUUAAUUCUGAAUGUAAAGAAUCUUCAAAAUUAGUGUUGGAGAUAUCUAAUAGUGUGAUCUUGAUAUUGUUAAACUAGCUCUAUGUUUUCUAAUACCUUCAAGAACCCAACAAAAGUACAAAACCUACGAGUAACAUUAUUUUAUUGAGGGGGGGAACUCUCACAUCACAUGAUAGGCAGUAAAUAACAUUAUCACUCAUAUAUGCUUCUAAAAUAUUCAUGUAAAAUGUCUAUAAAUAGACACUCAAAUCGACCAUACCUCCUCGCCACACUCAUAAUCACAUUGGUCGGCCGCUUUCUUUCUGUCGCCUUCCACAAAUAUAUAAAACACAUCAUAAAAAGAUGCAGUAUCAAGAACUCGCUCUUCAAAGAAGCUUCAGCUUCAACUCAAGCAAGAUCAAUCCGGCCAACUCUCCGGCUCGUGGCCUACACGCCCGUUCACCUUCCUCGACCACUUUGAUCCCAACCAUCCCUCACCACGAACUCUUCCUCGUACCCUGCCGUAAUUGCUCCUCCUCAUCCUCCUCCCACCGACCAGUCCCCUCCUCUUCUUCCACUAACAAAACCGUGAAAGUCACCGUGAAGCUUCCAUCCUUCUUACGUUCUCUCAUGAACCUCAUUAACCUCCCCACAUGCAACGUUCUCUCGCUUCCUUCUCCUCCAUCUUCUACCUCCAGCGUCUCUAACCAGCUGAUCUCACUCGUCAGGGGUGGAUCCUCUUCCCUCGGGAGAAGAGUCACCGGAACGUUGUACGGACACAGGAGAGGCCACGUCACGUUCUCUGUCCAGUACGGUCCGAGAUCCGACCCGGCUUUGCUCUUGGACUUAGCCAUGUCAACGGCAACUCUCGUCAAAGAGAUGGCGUCAGGGCUCGUCAGGAUCGCGUUGGAGUGCGAGAAACGUCACCGUUCCGGGACAAAGCUUUUCCAGGAGCCUAAGUGGACAAUGUAUUGCAACGGGAGGAAGUGCGGUGCCGCCCUGUCCCGUGGCGGCGCGUGUACCGAGUCGGACUGGCGCGUGUUGAACACGGUGUCUAGGGUUACGGUUGGAGCUGGAGUAAUUCCGACGGCUAAGAGUAUUGAUGACGUGUCCGAUGAUGGUGGUUUCGGUGGUGGAACGGAGCUUGGGGAGUUGUUGUAUAUGAGAGGUAGGUUCGAACGAGUCGUGGGGAGUCGUGACUCGGAGGCUUUCUACAUGAUGAAUCCUGACAAAAACGGAGGUCCAGAACUCAGUAUUUUUCUUCUUAGAAUAUGAAUAUGUCUUUAUUGACGUAUUAUUUUAUAUUUUGGAUCAAUUAUUGUUGUGUCGUGAAAUAUAUGUAAACGAUAGUGAGAAGGCCUAGGAGGUACGUACGCUAGGUUUUUUCUAAUUGUUUAUUAUGUGGUGUUUGGGGUUGUUUUGGCAGUAAGUUUUGUAUUUUUGUUACGUGUAAUAAUAAGUACGUGGUUGAUUAAGUGCAAGGCAUGAAGAUCUCCACAUGGUCCGUCAUGAUUAAUACCAAGAUUAAG